AAGCAUCUUAAAGCAUAUGUAUUAGAGGUUAUAUUGACAAUAAUGCAGUUUUCUUCGUUGUACAUUAUACUCAAUACGAAAAUACGCAAUAUAUUUUUGAUAAAAUAUAUUCAUAUAUACUUACAUUCGUAUAUUUGCCAAUAUAGAUAUAUGAGAGUGAAUUAAUACAAUAAAUAUUAAUUAUUUUUAUAUUUUAAAAUUACUUGUUGUUUUAUAGUAGACUAAUGUUUGUUCUUGCGGAAUUGAAAGACACAGUUAGGAUUCCACCAGUGGAAUUCAAGCAAAAAUUAAACGAUGCUAUUACAGAUGAACUUAAUAGAAAGUUAGCUAAUAAGGUUUAUCUUAAUGUUGGCCUUUGUAUUGCUCUUCAUGACAUUACGAAAAUUGAAGAAUCAUAUAUUUUUCCCGGCGAUGGUGCAUCUCAUACCAAAGUAAUAUUUCGUUAUAUUGUAUUUCGUCCAUUUAUGGAGGAAAUAUUAAUAGGAAAAAUACGUAGUUGUAGCAUUGAUGGUGUCCAUGUAACAUUAGGGUUUUUUGAAGAUAUUGUGAUUCCACCUCACAAAUUGCAACAUCCAUCAAGAUUUGAUCAAAUGGAACAAGCAUGGGUAUGGGAAUAUGAUACAGGAGAUGGUGAAAAACAUGAUUUAUUUAUGGAUGCAGGAGAAAUUAUACGAUUCAGAGUAGUAAGUGAAACAUUUACAGAAGCCUUACCUACAGGACCAAACAUAUCUGGGGAGACUGAAACAUCAGAAGCUAAAAAUAUAUCUCCAUAUACUUUAGGAGGUGCUAUUGAUGAACCAGGUCUUGGAUUGCUUACAUGGUGGGAAAAUACUUAAGAAUAUAAAAAUAAAUUCAGAUCAAUAAAUUUUUAUUCACAGCA